GCGAUGACUGGGUUGUCAUGGAGCUGCGGGGACGGGCUGGCGCAUGCGCCACCUGACCCGCAGGCUGAUCUUGGAGUGGCGACCCCGGCCCCAGGGCAGUCCAGAUGAAAAGAGUACUGGUGAAUUCACUUUCAGCCCAGUGAAACAUGGAGAGGAAAAACCCAUCCAGAGAGAGCCCCAGAAGACUCUCGGCCAAACCAGGCAAAGGCACAGAGAUGAAAAAAGUGGCUCGUCAGCUCGGUAUGGCAGUGGCCGAGUCAGACAAGGACUCUGGAUUUUCAGAUGGAAGUUCGGAGUGUCUGAGCUCCGCGGAGCAGAUGGAGUCUGAGGACAUGCUCAGUGCCCUAGGCUGGGGCCGGGAAGACAGGCCAAGACAGAACUCCAAGGCUGCAAGCAGUGCCUUCCCCACACUGUCCCCCAUGGUUGUCAUGAAGAACGUGCUAGUCAAACAGGGCAGCAGCUCAUCCCAGCUCCAGUCGUGGACUGUCCAGCCCUCCUUCGAAGUGAUCUCGGCACAGCCACAGCUUUUAUUCCUUCACCCUCCUGUACCAUCUCCUGCCAGCUGUCAUGCUGGUGAGAAAAGGUCUGACUCCAGGAACUACUUGCCCAUUCUGAAUUCUUACACCAAAAUAGCCCCACACCCAGGCAAAAGGGGCCUCUCCCUUGGCCCAGAAGAAAGAGAACGUGGAAUGCAGAAGAAAAUCUGUACUGAGAGACCUGGAUCCAGCUUACCCACCAGUGAGCCCACCAAGACGGGUGCUGUGUCAUCCAGCCCCCCGACUGCAGCCCCCCCCAGUGCCAAGCCAGCGGAGGACUCAGCUCUGCAGGGUGUGCCCUCCCUGGUGGCAGGUGGAAGUCCCCAGACUCUUCAGCCAGUGUCCAGCAGCCACGUGGCUAAAGCUCCCAGUCUGACCUUUGCUUCCCCUGCCAGCCCUGUCUGUGCAUCAGACAGUACUCUGCAUGGGUUAGAGAGCAACUCCCCGCUUUCACCACUGUCAGCUAAUUACAGCUCACCUUUGUGGGCCGCAGAGCACCUCUGCCGCAGCCCAGACAUCUUCUCGGAGCAGCGGCCCAGCAAGCACAGGCGCUUUCAGAACACCUUAGUGGUCCUGCACAAGUCUGGCUUGCUGGAGAUCACUUUGAAAACCAAGGAGCUGAUUCGUCAGAACCAGGCAACGCAGGUGGAGCUAGACCAGCUGAAGGAGCAGACCCAGCUGUUUAUCGAAGCCGCCAGGAGCAGGGCUCCGCAGGCUUGGGCCAGGCUUCAGGCAUCGCUAACAUCAGGGUCUAGCCAUGCUGGCCGUGACCUCGAAGCAUUCCCUGGUCACCCAGACAUAUAGCACAGGAGGCAGAUUUUCCUGUUACCUGAGUGGUUCUUUUUAACUCUCUUGCCGUUAUCUUACUCCUGUUUCCCAAAGCUUAUGUAAGAGCUUGUCCUCCUAUACUUACACUGUUCAGUGGUUCACUUAUGAAGCCACAUGCCAAUACCUGGCUGCUGUCUUAACCUGUGGUCUAUGCACAGUUUACAUGUCUCUGUUCCACUGAGGACCUCAGAUUCGGGAUGUCCUUGAGUCCCUUUUCCUUAGCCUGCAGGCACUUGGGUGGGUCACGGGGCAAAACAGGAGAGAGGAGUGUGUGAAGCUCUUCUAGCUGCCACCUCCCACCAUCCCACUCACUAACCGUGAUCAGAGGUGCAGUGGCAUGGAUGAGUGCACUGAGUGACACCUGUCAAGCCAGGGAGUAGGUGACAAGGAUCCCUUCACAGAUCUUCCCUUGAAUAUCUUAGAAGUAAGAGGAGGUGUGUUUGCAUUCCUCUAAGCACCAUGCCAUUUGGGCAAAACCUAAAAUACUUUGGGCGCAGGUUGGGCCCAGGAUGCAAAUGCUUAAUCACUUAAAGCUUUGUUUCCUUAAACUUGAAAGUCAAGGGGAAAGGUGGUACCAUUUAACUCUGACACUUUCAUCACAAACCUGAUUUCUCUUCAGCUGGUAGGCAAAAUAACUUCAGAUUUUUAAAGUAUGGAGCGGAUGCAGUACCAUCUGGAGUUACAGUCGAUGAAUUGCUUUUUUUGAAUUAGAAUCUGAAGAAACACAUGGUCAGUAUCUGUUGGUCAGGAGCUGGAAGAUUCUGGUAAUUUGUGCUUUUUUUCUUUCUCCUUUUGAAACAAUACAACCUGUUUUAGAUAUGAAAAUCUUAAAGGCAGCUUCAUGGUUCCCGAGAGUGAGUGAGUGAGUGUAAGUUAACCCUAUGCUGCCUCUUUUUCUUUGGUUUUUCUAAAAGAGAAAAGAAGUGAUUAUUCAGCUCCAUAGACUUGGGAUUGAAAUCAUCCUGAGGUUAUGAAACACAAGCCCCCCCCAAAUUGGAAAACAUUCUUAUCAGUUUCGCCUCUAAAGUUUUUGUGGGUUGCACGUGUCUCUCAGUGACGUGGAGCGAUCGGCAGCAGCGUCCUCUGUGUUUCUGCCACGUGCUGGGUGUUGGCAGCAAACCCAGAGGCGUGGUGUUGCUCAUGUGAAGUUCACCUGGGGAGGGAGGCUGUGAUGAGAAUUCACAGAUGAUACACAUUCUUUUGGCUUUGUUGUGAAGCUAAACUGGAUUUCCAGUAGGAAAACUUCAGACUUUCUCUUCACUUAAAAAUUCCAUCCCCUUGAAAAUCUAAAUAACAAUUCUGGAUGGCCAGCUUUUCCACAGGAAAAUGUUCUUGAAGUUUUACCAAGGCUAGAAAGAAGUUAAAGCUCAUUCUUGCUAGAUAGUGAUAACUUGAACAUAGUUGAAAAAUUGCGAGGUUUUGGAUGGCCUCCACUUUGUUCUCAAACAUGUAUGAGUUAGGUAAGACUGAUUUAGAAAUAAACAACCUGGUAAAAUCUCUAGACUCCUGAUCGACGCAGAAUUAUUACCUGUCAUUUGCUUUCUGAAAGAGUUUCAAAAAUCAGGGCCAAUGUGUCUUUAAACAGACUCAGCUCCUUUGACUAAUUUUGUCUUGGCCUACCCGCUUCGCCUCUCUGAGUCUCUGUGGUACUACGGCAGCUCUGCUCUGCACACCACGCCAGGAAGCUUCCUUUUUGGCAGAAUAAGUUUGGCAGCAGAGCUAGAGAGACAGGUGCAUUCAGAACAGCCUGGGCACGAGUCAUGAGUCUUACUGAGUGUCAAAAUCUGAGCACAGUUGCCGAAAAUGAAAUUUAUUCCAUUGGAAAACCCUCUGUAGGGCUCUAAGCCUCUUGGACUCUUCUUCCUAGAUUAAGAUUUGCAUUUCCCUUUCUGUUGCGGUAAAAGAUGAUGAAAGCCAUCAUUGAUCCUCACUUCUCUGGUUUUAUAACUUAGUGCUGGAAGUCUUUCUAAUCUCUUAGCAUGGGUGCUUUUUCCCUAGUGGAGCUGGAGGUAGGUGAAGCCAAGUAGAGAAGCUAGAUCUUGGAAGGAGAAUCCGUGGAAGCUAGCAGGCAUUUGGGGCCAGAAGCCAGAUCAGCGAAUGGAGGAGCCUUGGAGUUGACCACAAAGAUCUCUGGUGGUUGCACAAGGCUGUAAGUAGUAGUGGUCUUAGCGAUGCAUGAUUUGGUCUGGUAUGAUGCCCUGUGGCAGAGCUACUGUUUUCUGAAUGUGCAAAGCCAUUCUUAGCUCAAACCAAUCCUUAAGAGAACUUCUGGCAGAUUUUGUUGGCAAUAUUGAAGCACAUCUAGAAAAAGCUGCUGAUUGAAUUGGUUAUGGGAAUGGAGUUUAAUGACAUUGUAAUUUAUUACUCUCAUUGCUGUUCGUUGAUUAUAGUAUUGUCUGACUUCACUGACUCCUUCAGCAGAAAAGUAACUUGUGCAUAUAUCCAAGUGUUUUUCUAGCUAUGAAUUCUUUAGGGUAGAGAUUCCUUUACCAAAUGUGAAUUCUUUUGAGGAAGUAUGAAGUUUUGUAGACAUUGACUGUGAAAUGUCAGAGGAAAAUAAAAGUCACUUACUUGAAAACUA